AUGGUCGCCAUCAAGCAGCUUUCCGCUAUCCCCCUCGUCCUGGCUCUGUCCAGUGUCGUUGUUGCUUCCGAUGCUUCGGACCUCGUUGCCCGUGACGAUAACGUCGACCUCGGGGUCAGAAGCGACAUCGCUUCUGAGCUGGAGGCUCGAGGUGCCGGCAUGAGCAAGCCCAAGGCCGAGAAGCCCAAGCCCAAGAUCUCCAAGCCCACGCUCAUUGGCGGUACUAACCCUAUCGCCAUGAAUGGCAACGCCUUGAAGCCAUCCAACCACCGAUCCUCAACCGUCAGUACAACCUCGAGCAACGGCGACCCAUUUUACCUCGAGAAGUACGUCAAGAAGGGCAAGCGGGCCGACCUGGAGGAGCGUGGCGCCGGCAUGAGCAAGCCCAAGGCUGAAAAGCCCAAGCCCAAGAUUUCAAACCCAACUCUCAUCGGAGGCACACACCCGGUGACUAUGUCUGGCGGAAAGAGCAGCAAUCGCGCCUCCAAGGCUAGUUCAACCUCCAGCCACGGUGACCCCUUCUACCUCGAGAAGUACGUCAAGAAGGGUAAGCGGGAUGAGGAUGUCUACGAACGUGACGAGGACGAUCUCUAUGAACGUGACGAGGAUGACGAGCUGUUUGAGCGUGAGCUUGAAUAUGACCUCUACGAGCGUGAUUUUGAGGACGAGCUUUUCGAGCGUGAGUUCGAGGAUGAACUCGACGAGCGCGAUUUCGAGGACGAGUUGUUCGAGCGUGAGUUGGAGGAUGAACUCUACGUUCGUGGCGCCGGCAUGAGCAAGCCCAAGGCCGAGAAGCCCAAGCCCAAGAUUUCCAACCCAACUCUCAUCGGAGGCACUCACCCUGUGACCAUGUCUGGAGGCGGCAAGAGCAGCAACCGCGCCUCAAAGGCCAGUUCAACCUCCAGCCACGGCGAUCCCUUCUAUCUCGAGAAGUACGUUAAGAAGGGAAAGAGAGGCCUGGGCGCCCGCGGUGCUGGCAUGAGCAAGCCCAAGGCCGAGAAGCCCAAGCCCAAGAUCUCUAACCCAACUCUUAUUGGAGGCACACACCCUGUGACUAUGUCUGGAGGUGGCAAGAGCAGCAACCGCGCCUCCAAGGCCAGUUCAACUUCUAGCCACGGCGACCCCUUCUACCUUGAGAAAUAUGUCAAGAAGGGUAAGCGAGGUCUGCGUGCUCGCGGUGCCGGUAUGAGCAAGCCCAAGGCUGAGAAGCCCAAGCCCAAAAUCUCCAAGCCCACGCUCAUCGGAGGCACUCACCCCGUGACCAUGUCUGGCGGUGGCGGAAACCGUGCUUCCAAGGCCAGUUCCACCUCUAGCCAUGGUGACCCCUUCUAUCUCGAGAAGUACGUCAAGAAGGGCAAGCGAGGCCUGCGUGCUCGGGGUGCCGGUAUGAGCAAGCCCAAGGCCGAGAAGCCUAAGCCCAAGAUUUCAAAGCCGACCCUCAUCGGAGGCACUCACCCCGUGACUAUGUCUGGCGGUGGUGGAAACCGUGCUUCCAAGGCUAGUUCAACCUCCAGUCACGGCGACCCUUUCUACCUCGAGAAGUACGUCAAGAAGGGCAAGCGGGGUUACUAG